AUGUCGUCAGCUUUGGAAGGGACCAUUGUUCUCACAGGUGCAAAUGGCGGUCUUGGCAGUGCUAUCGCUGCCAGGAUAGUGGCCACAACUGGACUGGAAAGCUACCAUGCCAUCUACGUGGUCCGUAAUGCCUCAUCAGCCAGAGCCUUGCGCUCAGCUCUCAAGGAGACAAAUUCAUCUCAUACCCAUGACAUAGUACCUAUGGACUUGUCAGACCUCGAUCAAGUUCGCGAGACCGUCGUGAGAAUCAAUGCAAGGAUUACUGCGGCCGAGAUUCCUCCCAUCCGUGCCCUUAUUCUCAAUGCGGGCUACACCGAGAUGGCACAGCAGACGUUCACCAAAGACGGCCUCGAUACAACCUUUGUUGCCAAUUACCUGGGCCACUGGCUGAUGACCAUAAUGCUUUUGCAGAGCCUAGAUCGUCAGGCAGGCAGAAUCGUCGUGCUAGGCAGUUGGUCUCACGACCCGUACGAUCCUCAGAACAAAGCAAGCAGGCAGUUUGAAGAUGACAAGUACAAAACCAUCUAUCACGACAAUACCGAGUCAAUCGCCAAGGGUACUUGGAGCUCCCCACAAGAGGAUCAAUCGUGGAUGAGCGGUCAUCGACGUUAUGGCGCUGCCAAGUUGUGCGAGGUGAUGAUGAUGUAA